AUGGCUAAGCAUUCAAAAAUACAGAGUCAAAAUGACUACCUCAGGCAAUGGCUGCCAAGGCAGGAAUCAUAUCUACAUCACCUCCUCAAUCGAGAAGCUCCACCCGAAGACAGGAGAUGCAUCAUCUGCCAACAGGAUGGGGUGUACAAAUGUCAAGAUUGUCUUGGCGAGCCACUCUAUUGCAUGGGCUGUUGCAGGAGUCAACAUCGUAGCAAUCCUUUCCACUGGAUCAGUCAAUGGAAUGGGCGAUUCUUCGAGCGGAGUUGUCUAGCUCAUGUGGGACUCAUUAUAUACCUUGGCCAUGAUGGCAAACAAUGUCCGGCGGUCACCGAUCGGUGGGAUUUGUUUGAAGAAGAUGAACCCGAAGACCUGCUCGAGCCUGAAGAUCUGCCAUUUGUGUCCAGACCCGAGUUCCAGCCAAAGGAAAACACCAUGGUCAUCGUGGACAAGUCCGGAGUUCAUCGCCUGGAGGUUCGAUGCUGUGAAUGUCCGAAUGCCAUGAGUCCGGACAUUCAAAUGUUUCGACACGGAUUUUUCCCUGCAUCUUUUAACAGGCCAAAGACUGUGUUCACCUUCAGAGUGCUCAAUGAUUUUCUACUGGACAGCCUUGAAUGCGGCACCUCGGCGAUGAACUAUUACAGCAAGCUCCGGCGAAUGACCUCCAGCAUGUUUCCACACCUUGUUCUGGACCGAUACAGAGAGCUCAUGAGGUUGAAGACAAUGAAAUGGCAUGGCUUCAGCCAUCGUUCUGAUAACCCGAGCACAGGAGAACUUGCAUUAUUUUGCCCGGCAUGUCCUCAGCCUGGGAUUAAUGUGCUGUUGUCAGAGGAUGAAUCUCUUGAUGAGGAUCCAAGCUGGAAAUACACCUGGUCAUUUGUGAUGGACAGAAAUUUCAAAGCCGAACAUCUGCAUCCCAUUAAGCCAUUCAAUGAAGUUUGGCUGUCUGAUGGGCUUGGAUUCAUGGUAGGAAAGGACAGGUAUAAAAUGCACCUGGCAGAGGCUGCUGACACAGUGGAAAAAUCAAGCUGCAACAAUCACUGGGCAGCUUCCCGGCACAACAUGGAAGGCAUCACCAGGGCUGUCACCUUCUAUGAUAUUAAUUGUCAAUACAACAAACACUUUCGGGUUCGGGUGGAUCGAAGUCGAUUUCUAGAAAUGGCACCACAACUAACCAUCAUUCCCAGAAUUGGGUUGUGGCACAUUCAUGGCCAUCAGGACAGCUGCUAUGUCCGAUAUGCUUCUAACUUUAUUGAAGGCAUUGGUCGGAUCGAUGGAGAGAUCAUGGAGACGCUAUGGGCAAGGCUCAAUCUGAUCUCCCCUGCUGCUCGGGGAAUGUCAUCUCCCCACCGAAAGGAAUGCCUUGAUUAUCAGAUGAAUGACUCCAAUUUCUGCAAGAUGAUUCGCAUGAAAAGGACUCUAUGCCAGAAAUACAAACUGGCUAGGAAUGGUAUCUUAGAAAGUGGAAAGGCAUUCGACAGACUCGAUGAAGCAGCACCCUCACAUUUGAAGACAGAAUGCAAAAAGGAGAUUGAGCUUAGAUUGUUAGAGGAGGGUAACGCCCGCAAUGCAGCACCCUCUCGCAGAUCUGUGGCAACAUGGAUAUCAACAGGGUUAGCAAUUGAAGAGGCUCAGAUUGCAUUGCUCAUCGAGGUCCGAAGGAUCGGAAGAAGAUCCACCAAGACACAGAGAUUAGACAUCGCCCGUCAAUGA